AUGGAGUACAUCGAGGGCAAGGAGCUGGAGCGGGUUUGGGGAACUAUGACUUCUGAGGAGCAACGUGACGUCGUGCGUCAGCUUCACGGGUACCUCAAACAACUCCAUGCGCUCACACCCCCACAUCCUGGUGCCGUAGAAGCCAUAGAUGGCACCGCUUGCAAGGACUUCCACAUUCGCACCAACGCUGAGGGCUGUGGCCCUUUCGCGUCGGUCACAGACUUCCAGGAGUUCUUAGGCUAUGACUGGCUGAUGACUCGGAGCGAGGUGCGUGCGCGCUUUCCUCAACACGAGGAAUCUCUGCGCAUUUGCGAGCAGCGCGCCGGACCCUAUCGCACCGUGUUCACGCACUGUGACUUGGCCCCGCGGAAUAUUCUUGUCAAGGGCUCCACAAUUGUCGCUAUAGUGGACUGGGAAAUGGCCACCUGGAUGCCUGAGUACUGGGAAUACACGACUUGUGCCUUCGCAAACCGCAACAUGCCAACAUUUUGGGAUCUUAUGAACGAAGAAGGGUUUCCAGAACAAUAUCCCGCAGAGUUUGGGGUUGAAAGAUGUCUGUCUAGCAUUGUUACCCGUUACUAG